GGACCCUGCAGACACCAUGGUGCUUCGUGGCUAGGAGCCAGAUGUAGCUGUUUUCGGAAUCCGGAAAUGAUGAAAAAAUGUUUCACGGAGAAAAAAAGGACCAAAACUCCUUUUACCCAAAGAGUAACGAAAAAAAAGCACGAAAUCCUGAAAUAAGCUAGAAAGUGAUAGUAAAACCGCAAAGUGCUGCUCAUCCGCCAUGAAGCGAAGCCGCUGCUGAAGAAAAGCGACGCGACAGGAAUGUGGAGGCAUGAACUAAAGAGUCGCAACUUUUUAUGACAAGGAAAAGAAGGGAAAGGGCAAUGGGCAGAAGGCACACUUGAACUAGAAGAGCAUGCCAGCGAGGUUGGAGAAGUGACUGCUGCCUCUUAAUUUCCAGCAUUGCCGUGCCUUCAGAAUAAACAAACAAACAGCCAACCAAAGCAAGCAACAAAAAGCAGUGUUUAUUUAUCUACUUUAUAAAUUAAGACCGGCCGAUGUCCCAAGAGAAAAAGCAGCUAUCUUCUCUUGGGCCUUCGGGGUCAGAGACGGGACCGAAGGAGGACAUUGGGCUGUUGACGGACAAACAUGAUAGUUCAAGCAAAACACUAGAAUCAAAAGAUGCUGCACACUUUCUGACAUGCAGGAACAAACUUUUGGAAGGGCAAGAACAGAAGGCUGAGAAUCCCUCAAAUGAUAGCUUCAUUGAUGUCCAGCCUCAACCCCUGCCUCAUCCAAUAGCACUGUCUCCUGGGCAGAAUGAUGAUAUAAGCAAGAUACAAAAUGGCUAUGCAGGUCUGCAGAAUGGAAAUGGCCUCCACCAAGAUGACUCACAACCAUGUUCUGACCGCAAGAAACUCUCCACUCAAGUGUCCAACAAAAUGCACAGGAAAUUACAGUCCAGCCUGUCUGUGAGCAGUAAUAGUAGUAAAAAAAGCAAGUUAAGCUCUACAGACUUUCACAAACCAGGAACAUCACCUGAAGACUGCUGCGUACACUGUAUCCUGGCCUGCCUGUUCUGUGAGUUUCUCGCCCUGUGUAACAUAGUUGUAGCACAAGCCUCCUGUGGGAUCUGCACUUCAGAUGCCUGCUGUUGCUGCUGUGGAGAUGACCUAGGCGAUGACUGUAACUGUCCUUGUGAUAUGGAUUGCGGCAUUAUGGAUGCCUGCUGCGAGUCAUCAGACUGUUUGGAAAUCUGUAUGGAGUGCUGUGGGAUUUGCUUCCCAUCUUAGAUUGUUUUGUGCACCCAAAAGAGGUGUGACGUAAUGAGAUUUUGUGUUAUGCAUCAACAUUAAUAGGCAUAGAAAAAAUCAGAAAAUGGCUCUGCUUUAAACUGUUUAGUUGUGUAUUGACCAACGAUACAACUCUGCAAUUUUAACAAUUAAACAGUCAUCCUGCUGCUUCUUUUUGCCCAGAUUGUACAGGCUGUAUCUUAGUUAGAAUGCUGUUUUAUCAAAGUUGUUAAAAAAAAAAAACGAAGCUAUUUUUAAAUGUCUGUUUAACUGUAUCUAGAUAUUCUUUUUAUUUUUAUAAUAUAUUACUGUUAACUAUUAAAAACUUAUUUCAAUUAAUCUAAAUUUUAUAUAAGGAAUAGUUAUGUUAAGUUUUAGGAAAUCUGUUCUAAUGUGAUUUUCAUAUGCCACAUUUUGUUUUGUAUAUACAGUAUGCUGGUAAUUUUGUAGAAAUACCAUUUGUUUUUUAUACAAAUGUACUGUUAGUACUAACUCUCAUGAUGUUACAUAUGUUACAAAAUAGUCUUUUAAAUAUUAUGAUUUUGGAGUACAAUUUAUGAUUCUUUAUUUGGUACUUCUAAAUAUGAAAAACACUUAAAUAAUAAAGUAGAGA